UUCAAACACGUCCACCUCACACCCUUACCAGUGUAGAUCUUGACAUAUGUGCCGAGUUACGAUGAAAAGAUACAAUAUUACACAAUUUCUCAAAUAUUGAAGGAAGAAAUGCUGAAUAAAUCUUCAAGCUUUUGCUCGGGAUGGCUGAAGCCAGUGGCAAGAAAAAGCUAUGCUUUUAAAUUUAUGCGGAAAGCCAAAAAACAAGAUGGUAGAGAAUGGCUGGAGCAAACACAUGCAAGAGCAUGCAGCUGGCAGAGGUGGUGUUAGAAAGUUGAGGAAGGCACAGAGGGCAGGCAAGUAGUGACGUAGUGAUCACGUGUGAGCUGGAAGCACGAACUGUUUGUUAUAUUGCCCAAGGCUCCCUCAGUGUUGGACCGUCGCUGCUGGAGAGCGAAGGUUUUGUUCUUGCUGGUAACACUUGGCGGUCUUGCUGAGCGGCGGGUAUCACAGUCCGGGGAAGACCACACGCUCUCAGGAGUGAACCUGCUCGUUGGCCAUUGUCCAGUGCGCCGGCAGCCAGUAAAGCAACCCAAAAGACACCAGGCGCCAUGUUGGACGACCUACCCAAGAGAAGCAGCAACUUCAUCAGGAGAGAAGUUCGACGGACCUUCAGGAAAGACACAUUGUUCAAGAGGUUACCGAUCACAUCAUGGCUUCCCAAGUACAACCUGGAAUGUUUAGAGGGCGACCUGAUGGCUGGCUGUGCUGUGGGCCUCACAGUGGUCCCACAGAGCAUGGCCUAUGCUGGUGUUGCUGGCCUCCCUCCUAAUUAUGGCCUCUACUCCUCCUUCGUGGGGUGCUUCGUGUACAUGAUUUUUGGCACCUGCAUGGAGAUCUGCAUUGGACCCACAGCUAUCAUGGCUCUUCUCACAUACGAGUAUUCCAGGAAUGGUGUCCCAGACUACGCUGUGUUGCUCUGCUUCCUCAGUGGUGUCAUAACUCUUGCUGCAGGAAUUUGUAACAUGGGGUUUCUUGUCAACUUCAUAUCAAGGCCAGUGAUAUGUGGAUUUACCUCUGCGGCAGCCAUCACCGUUGCUUCCACCCAACUCAAGGGCUUGUUUGGCUUGUCAUUUUCAAGUCAAGGAAUUGUGCAAACGUAUAUGAAGCUUUUUCAAAACAUUGGAAAGACAAGAUGGCAGGAUUUGACUCUUGGACUCUCUUGUAUGGUCAUUUUGCUUCUCAUGAGGAAAAUGAAAGAUUUGAAAGCUGUGAAAGUUCAGACCAGUGACGAUUUGGGAACAAGAAUUUUUAAAAAACUUAUAUUUUUAACAUCAGUUGGCCGCAAUGCCAUUGUUGUUAUUAUGGCUCUAUUAAUCGCCUACACUCUUGACGAUGAUCAGCCCUUCAUAAUUACAGGAGAGGUGAAACCUGGCUUACCAGCAUUCAGGCCACCACCAUUUUCUACAGUUAUCAAUGGCACUAAUUUCACUUUUAUUGACAUGGUAACAGACAUUGGAUCUGGUAUUGUUGUUGUCCCUAUUUUAUCCAUCUUGGGAUCUGUUGCUAUUGCUAGUGCCUUUUCUGCUGGGAAGAUGGUUGAUGCCAAGCAGGAAAUGUUUGCUUUAGGAUUUUGCAAUCUCCUUGGGUCCUUUGUUCAAUCAAUGCCAAUAACUGGAUCAUUCUCCCGAACUGCUGUCAAUGCUAACAGUGGAGUGAAGACUACAGCAGGAGGCAUCAUCACCGGUGUGCUCGUCAUGCUGGCCCUGUCUUUCCUUACGUCACACUUCAAGUACAUUCCAAAGGCGUCACUUGCGGCUGUCAUCAUCUGUGCUGUGAUAUUCAUGAUAGAGUACGAGAUGAUCAUUCCAGUAUGGAAAGCCAGACGCUUAGACCAGCUGCCUCUGUGGGGAACAUUCAUCACUUGUCUGUUUUGGAAGUUGGAAUAUGGCAUCCUUGUUGGAGUGACUAUUAAUUUGUCUAUUUAUCUCUAUGGAACGGCAAGACCAAAAGUUAAUAUAAACGUCGUCAAGAAACAGGAUAGAGAUGAGCCAUCCUAUGUGGUAGUUGAGCCAAGCAGUGGUCUCUUCUUCCCAUCUGUGGACUAUGUGCGAGCAGCUGUCAACAAAGCCGGAUUAAUUACAGCACAAGGAAUUACAACAGUGGUUGUGGAUUGCAGUCAUUUUACUGGAGUAGAUUUUACAGCUGUUCAGGGAAUCAAGGGCUUGUGCUCCGACUUCGAGAAACGUCAUCAAACACUGAUCUUCUCAAAUGCUCCAACAAGUGUGAAGGAUGGACUCCAGUCACUUCAUGCAGAUAUCAAGAUUGCCACAUCACCAGAGGAGUUGCACAGCCUACUGAAAUCAUCACAUCCAGUUGCAAUACUUAGCAAUACUUCUGCAAUUGGACACAGCAGCUCAGUAGGGAGUUGUCAUGAAGGUGAAGACCCCGACAUGACCAACCCGCUGCUGGAAUUAUCUGCUGUGCCUACCAUUGUACGAGAGAAGGUAACAUAGCAUUCUUUGUACUCAUGUUUGUGAGUAUUUAAGUUGGAGAUUUUUUCAUGUACACAAUUAUCUUUAAACAUGACUGUGAUUAAACACAAAAUUACUAGUUUGAACAUGGUCAUCCACACUUGAUGCAAUAACUAUGUUUUAUUCAAUUAAUUUAUUAACUGCCAAUACAUUAAUAUAUAAUUUGUUACCUGUUUGUAACCACGGGUUUGGUUGUGCUCGUGGCUUUGUUUAAAUUUGUUGUAUUUUUUAUCAUCAAUUUUUAGUGAUUUUGGUGCACAGAUUUCUAAAGUUUAUUCCAACCAUCCAUGACGGUAUCAAAUACUUCUCGCAAGGUGUCUUACAUAUUUUCUUCUGUAGUUUACUGCCAAGAUUAUAGUGCCUCACAUUUUUAUUUAAGAAAUCACUAAUCUGAUUUCUGGUAUUAUUUUACUCCUUGUAUGUGGCUAUCAUAUUCUUUGCCUUCUGUUUUCCAAGGGCAUGUACAGCUUGUUUUCUCAUAGCUCAUUUAUUUGUAAAUAUUUUGUUGAAUGACUAGAUGUUUUGCAUUUUGUUAAAUGUUUUAGAAGCAGGCAUCAUAUCAAGACUACAUACUCCAGUUAAGGUCUAGCAUAUACGCCACAGUACUUAAAAGCUGUUCUAAAAUUUGUUUAAAUUGCAUAGGAAUAUUUUUAUUUUAGCAUUUGUGUGUUCUGGCAAUAAAGCAUCACUUGUUUUUCAGUGCAUUCAUUAGAUGUGUGUGUGUGUUAUGACUGCUCACCAUAUAGCUCCAAGCUAAUGUUUUCAUUUCAUGUAAAGGCGUUUUCAUUUCAAAUUUUUACGUACUAGCCACAACCAUUGUCCAAUCAACACUGUAUUCAGUUUACUGUAUUUGUUGGUGGAAUAUUGAAAGGCGUUGUAUUCUUCAUGUUGAAUAAGUUAAUUAUUCUCCACUUGUACUUACAACUACUUGGCAUUACAUUUUAUCUGCUUCCUCCCAUUUAUAUUAUAUAUAUCUGGCUUAGCCGUUUUCAGAGGUUUCUUGUACAAGUACAGUGUGGAAACAAUUGUUAACCAGGCCAGGUCAUGUAAUACUAAUGGCCUCAGUUUCUGGCAUCCAAAUUUUAUAAAUUACACAAAGCAUUAAAAAAUGUGUAAAAAGCCUCUGUUUACAACUGUUGUAGCUCACUUCAUUGAUAACAUUGCACCAGAAAGGAAUCUUCUCUCAAUGAAAGUUCUAUAACGACACAUAUUAACCACGAGUGAGAACAAGGCCGCCUCAAGUCUUUACCAUCCAAGAUAUUGUUUUUAGGCUGCACCUUUAAUGAAGUAUAAAGCUAACAGGCUGGAAAAGAUUUGUUCGUUAAUUUUGACUAUUACAUGAAAUGUUCCAUUCCAUAUAAAUUGUCAUCCACUCUUCUGUGGAAAUAUACAUCCCAUUCACCUGGGCAUUUAUUUGAAAUGUUCAAAUUUCAGAGAAUUUUUGUAACUUUUGACAGAACUGUAUCAAAUAAAAAUUGUCUAAUAAUUA